AUGCCGAAGCGAAUCGCUGUGAACAUAAACAAGCACACAGAAGCUGCCGCAGGCCCGGACACUGUCCGCGACGGCGGUUGCAUCGCAUCGCACCGCUCGUGGCGGUGCCUCCGCUCCUGCCACCACGGGGUGGGCGGCCUGCUCCCUGGGGCCGAGCUGGUCCUCGCGUUCCCGCUGCCCGACGAGCACGAGGACCAGGACCGCGGCGCCGGGGAGGCGCCGGAGGCCGCGCCUCCGAGGCUGGAGCCCAUCUUCUGCUCACUCCCCGUCCGCGCCGUCGGCUUCGGCUUCGCCCUGAACUGCGACCGCAUGGACCUCGUGGCCAACCGCGGGGACCUGCACCACGCGUCCCGGACGAACCAGGCCCUGCGCGACGCACUGCCGGCCGCGUUCGCGGGCGCCUGCGCGGCGCUGCCCCCGGUGGCCUCCCGCGCCCUCGCCUUCCUGGGCGAGCCCGUGACCGACCGCUUCUGGCGGCCGGCGCGCGAGGGCAUCCUGGCGCAGCUGACGGGCAUCGCCUGCGUCUCCACCGGGCUCGGGCUGAGCCGGCCCACCGAGGUGCUGCUGAGGGGCUCGGGGGCGCUGAGGGAGCUGGCCAGCCUGCUGCCAGCGGGCCUCGUGCGCGCGAGCUGCGGCCGGGCCUUUGCGGAGGCCUCGGACCCGGCGGAGGAGCGGCUGCUCCGGAGGCUCGGCGCGGAGGUCUUUUCGCUGGCGCACCUGUGCAGGUGCCUGGCCUUCUCUGGCGGCGAGUGGCCCGAGGGCUGGGUCGCCGCCACCUGGGCCAGAGGCCCGCCUGCGGAGGCCUGCGGCGCGCUGCGGGCGCUCUACAGGUGCCUGUCCGCCAGCACCUUCGACAGCGCGGCGGGCCCGCAGCCGCAGGAGCCCACGGGCGGCCCCGCCGGCCCAGCGCUCCCGGCGCUGCAGCUGACGGAGCUGCCCAUCUUCCCGCUGGAGGCGGGCGGCUGCGCUCGCGUGUCGGAAGGCGGCGUGUUCCGCUGCCCGAGCGGCGGGCUGUCGCGGGAGCGGCAGGCGUCCCUGGCCAGGGCCGGGGCCCUGCGCCUGCUGCCCGCGGCGUUGGAGGCGUCGGUCUCGGCGGACACGGGCGCCUGCCGCCUGCUCGACGCCCUGGGCGUCGUGCGCCCGUCGCCGGCCGCCGUGGUCCGGGCGGCCGUCGAGGUGCAUCUCCGGUACCGCUUGUCGUCCAACUGGGAGCUGCCGCCGCAGCAGCGCGCGGCGCUCCUCGGCUCCCUGGGCAUCCUGGCGGAGGCAUGGCGGCGCGGGGGCGCCGAGGGCGACCUGCAGGGUGUGCUUGAGGAGGUCCUCGUGGAGGUCGGUGCCCCUGCGCCCUCCCCCGGGGGCGCUGGCCAUUUGCUGGCGGACGUGGUGUGGCUGCCCUCGCGUGGCGGUCGCUGGCAGGGGCCGCGGCGCCUGCUGUGCCCCAGCCUGCUGGGGACGAGCAGCGCUCUCGCCAGCGACAUCCUCGAGCGCAUCGAGGCAUUCCUCGGCCAGAAGGCCCUGGACACGCCAGCCAGCGCCAGCCGCACCGCGCAGGGCUUCGGGUCUGCGCACUCCGCCCUGUCGCUGGUGCCAGACUUUGUGGACCGCGACAUCUGCCCAGAGGGCGAGGCGCCUCUGGCCUGGGAGGCCUUCCUGGUCGACGCCGCCGGCGUGCACCCGCUGCGGCCGCUGGACCCGCGGCAGCCCCGGGCCCCGCCGGACCUGCUGCUCAACACCGGCAUGGCCCUGGGCAACGAUGGGCCUGGGGGGCUCUGGAGGACGCUGCUGGACACUGCGCGCGCCCCCGAGCGCGUCUGGCAGUAUGCUCGCCGCCGCCUGGGCUGCGCCGCCGACGCCGCAUGGCUCGCGGAGCUCCCGGCACGGGGCGGGGAAGCGGCGCCGCGUCUGCGGGGCCUCUUCCUGCGCUCCGCCUACCUGCCGCUGGCCGGGCCGGCCCUCGACGGGCUCUACCUCGACCUGCCCGCGGCGGACACCGCCGGCCGCGGGGCCACCAUCCGGAAGCUGCUGGGCGGCCUCGGGGCCCGGUGCCAGCUGGACCGGGGCGGAACCGCCGCCGCGCUGAAGGCGCUGUUCGACCGCGGGUGCAGGGAGACCGCGGUGUUCGCGCGCGUCUACGCCGCGGCUGCGGGCCUCGACGAGGACGCCCGGGAGGGCGAUGCCGUCGACGUGGACGAGAGGGCGCUGCGGUCCCUCAUCUUCCACCCGGGCUGCGCGGGGAAGCUGCUGCGCGCGGGCGACUGCGUGUGGGAGGCGCCCACGGCGAAGCUCCUGGCCGGCUGCUCCGCGCUGGUCCCCCUGCGCGACGUGUACGGGCCCUUCGGGGAGCGCAGGCUCGAGCGCUACUUCGCGGCGCGCGGCGUGCAGGGCGGCCUGUGCACCGCCAGAGCGUACCUGGCCGCGCACGAGCAGCUCUUCUCGAAGAAGCGACCACGGCACAGAGGUACGGACCUGGGCCGCAAGUGGCUCGUCGCGAGGACGCCGCAGGGCGUGUCGGUUGACCUGCAGGGGCAGCCCGGCAUGCCGCUGUCGAGCGUGACGGCGGACACCUUCCUGGCGGAGGUCUGGCCGGCGCUGGUGGGCCUGUACCGAGGCAUGGCGGGCCUCCCCGACGAGGAGAAGGCGGCGCUGCGCCCGUUCUCGCCCGCCGUGGAGCGCAUCCUCGUGCCGCUGCGGUGCCCCGAGGGCGGCCCCCCAGAGAGCACCUCGAUGCUGACGGUGGCCUGCUUCCACGACGGCGCCACCUUCCGGCGGCUGUCCGUCGGGCAGGCCUUCUGGGAGGUGGCGCAGGACCUCGCGCACACCCGCGCGGGCGAGUGGGCGCUGUCGGCCUUCUUCCCGCCCGAGCUGCGGGGCCUCUUCGUCGACUGCCUCGGCGUGCGCGAGGUCGUGAGCAGGGAGACGCUCUUCGAGGGCCACCGCCAGGAGGGGCGGCACCGCCGCGCGCGGGAUGACCGCGCCGCGGCCCCCGCGGCGGGCUUCCACAGGGAGCGGUCGGUCAACGAGAGCGGCCUGCCCGACGACCUCCUCGCGGGCUGCCCGUGGGAGGGCCGCGCAGGCCGCGGCGGCAGGGGCGUGAGCCUGCAGGAAGCCGGGGCCGCGGCGCUGGAGCUGCUGCAGGGCCGCGCGGGCCCGCGGCGGCGCGGCGGGGACGGCGACCGCCGCGGCCAGGAGGGCGGCGAGGACGUGCUCGCCCCGGCCCGUCGCGCUGCCCGCGCGGAGCGUCCGCUGCCCGGCCACCCGCGCGCGCAGGCUCGUGCGGGCGCCCGCCGUGCAGGUUGCUCCCUCGGGGGGGCGCUCCGCCUCGGUGGCGUUCUACCUCGCGGAGGGGGACCCUGGCGGCGCCCCGCGCGCCUCCAGAUUGCAGCGCCUGGCCACGGUGGUCUGGAGGCUGGCGCGCGAGGUGUUCGAGCUGCCCGCGGACCGCGUGGCCCUGGUGUGGGACGCCCACGACGACGGGAGCAGCUGUGGCCACCAGGACGUGUCCUCGUCCUGGCCGCUGCUGUUCCCCGCCGCCCUCUGCCGCGAGGCGGACGACGACCCGGCGUUUUGGUUCGGGGAGUUCUGCCACGCCCUGGCCCACCGCGCAGAGGGCCCCGACCACUCCGCGCGGCACGCCCGAGUGGCCCAGCCAUCAUGUCCAGGCACCUGGGCGCCUUCUCGAGAGCGUUCAGGAGGACGCCCUCGAGGGGCCGCUGACAGCCAAAGAAAAGAAUCCGCGCUCAGUUGCCUGCGCCCGCUCCUCCUCCCCCUCGGACGUGUUGUCCUUGCGUCGGCUCUGCGCUCAGCUGCUGGCAACUCCAAGAGGACACCGUGUGGCUGAGGCUCUGCAUGCUGCUGCUACUGGGGGGGGGGCUGGCCGAGUGGACGCCGAGUGGACGCCGCAGGCGCCACGGCCCUAGGGCUCAGCCGCCUUCGUCCACGGUGCGGGAAGGUGGAUGAGGACAUGUUUCACCGAGGCUGGGUAAGUAGUUGAGGUAGUUUGAAUUGUUAGGGUCGCUUUGGUGGCGGCCACAAUUUGGGGGAUUCGUUUGAAGGAAGCCUCUGCAGGCAAGUAGUUGAGGUAGUUUGGAUUCUUAGGGUCGCUUUGGUGGCGGCCACAAUUUUGAGCCAGAGUGGCUGUCUCAAAUGUGACCGUUUUGGUGCCGUGCACUUUCCUUCCGGGUCUUUCCUUUCCAACAAAAAAUGUUUCACCGAGGCUGGGGUUGCGAGAAGAAUGUUGACUCGGCCGCCUACACCAAGGCAGAUCUCGUGUCCCAAGCCCAACCACGAUGAGAGAGUGAAGGGUGCGAUUGGUUCCGAGGGAAGGUACCAGCACCUUGGACGAGAGUACCGCCUGUGGAUGACGAGCCCGGGUGGUAUGUUUCAGGCGCCCCAGCUGUUAGCACGUGCAUCGGUUUCGGCAAAGACAGCUGGAGUGCACCGUUCUGGUUCUUCGGCGGCGCGAGCGGUGGACCCGAGUCAGCGGAUGCUCGCUUUCGACUGGUCGGACUCGCAAUGGUCAUGGUCCAAUCUUUCGACCCGCUUGUCAUCGCCACCACGCUCUCUGGAAGGCUUCCAGGGGUGCAGCAGAGUGUACUUCGGGGUGAGCUCAUGGCCCUCCUUGUUGCAGCACGUGGCCCGUGUGGAAGGCAUAUAUGUGGCCCGUGUGGAGUCAUCGUCCCAUCAGUUGGGAAGCUGGCGGUUGUCAUCAUCACGUUCGGCAG